GAGAAAGAGACAUUGUGCCUAAAAAAAAUAUUCUUUUGGGAGAAGUUAAUUAUAGUAUUAAGUAAGCUAUAGUUACAGAAUUAUAUCUCCAAAAAAUGGCAUCCCACACAUCUGGUGCUCUGUACAUUAUCUAAAAUAGAAGGGAAUAAAAGCAGUAGCCACAUGUGUAAUAGGAUAAGAGAUUUGAUCACUUGUAUUGAACUUUAGAAGCCUACUUUUAUGAAAUUUAGCUACAGAAGAUUAAUAGCCCCAGAUGUCAAGAUCCCAGAGAAUUCAUGAGUUUCGAAGUGAUGAAAGAGAAGUCAUGGUAAUGCCUAGUGGUGGUGUGCUGGAUUAAAGUAAUGGUGGCAUGGUUGCAUUUUUUCAUGCUUUCUACAAACUUGAAUGGUUCUAGAGGUCUUCAAAGCUUUCAAGCCAAGAGUGCCCAGAAUAUCCACCUGAAAAGAAGCUGGUCAGUGGAGAUCCAAUAUUGUGGUUAAGAUUCAAUUCAACCAAGACUUGGUCUUACAGUGGCAUCAUGCUGGAAAAGAAAUUCAGGGAGAUUGGGGAAGCAGAUCCAUCUACAUUUCCAGGAGUAAUCACCCCAAGUUAUUAAGCUUGUUGAUUCCUCGUAAAUUUGAAGAUGCAAGAAGUUCAAGAACAAUCUAAUCAAUCAAAAGAAGGGGAUGCAGAAGCUACUCAGCUGUCAGAAAAAGGUCGGAAUGAUGAUGAUGAUGAGAUCACUGUUGAACCUGCAUUCAAGCAUGGUGAACUUCCUCAAGAUAAUAAGCUUCCCCCCAAAGUUGACUCUGCGGUGGAAGUUCUUCAUGAGAAAGUUACCAAGCAAAUCAUCAAGGAAGGUCAUGGCCAGAAGCCGGCAAGAUUAUCGACAUGUUUCUUGCAUUACAGAGCAUGGACAGAAAAUAUGCUGCACAAGUUUGAAGACACAUGGCAAGAACAACAGCCUCUUGAACUGAUUUUGGGAAAAGAGAAAACCGAGAUGACAGGAUUGGGUAUUGGUGUAUCCAGCAUGAGAGCUGGUGAACGGGCAUUGUUACAUGUGGGUUGGGAAUUGGGGUAUGGUAAAGAGGGAAACUUCUCAUUCCCCAAUGUCCCCCCUAUGGCUGACCUGUUGUACGAAGUCGAGCUAAUUGGUUUUGAUCAAUUCAAGGAGGGGAAGGCUCGUAGUGAUAUGACAGUGGAGGAACGAAUUGAAGCUGCAGAUAGGCGAAGGAUCGAGGGGAAUGGCCAUUUCAAGGAGGAAAGACUGGAGGAGGCUAUGCAACAGUAUGAAAUGGCCAUAGCUUACAUGGGAGAUGACUUUAUGUUCCAGUUAUUUGGGAAAUACAGAGACAUGGCCUUGGCUGUGAAGAACCCAUGCCAUCUGAACAUGGCAGCAUGCUUGCUAAAGCUGGAGCACUAUGAAGAGGCAAUUGGGCAAUGCAGCAUUGUCUUAACCGAGGAUGAGAAUAAUGUUAAAGCAUUAUUCAGAAGAGGGAAAGCGAGAGCCGCUCUAGGACGAACAGACGAUGCAAGAGAAGACUUUCAGAAAGCAAAGAAACUUGCACCAGAGGACAAGGCAGUGGCAAAGGAGUUGCGCUUGCUAGCUGAACAAGACAGGCAGGUGUAUGAGAAGCAGAAGGAGAUUUACAAGGGAAUCUUUGGGCCCAGACCUGAACCCAAACCAAAGAGCAGGAUCCAUUGGAUCGUGGUCAUUUGGAACUGGCUGGUUUCUCUAGUUUAUAGAAUCUUCAAGUUUCGAAGGCCCAAAGCCGAUUGA